GCGCUGGAGCUGCGUCCACUUCGUAGGGCCGGUCCUCGCUGGACGCCGUGAGGCCUCGGUGCCCCGCUCCUUUUUCCUCUUGACAAGCCUGCGCACCGUCCUCCAGGGCGCAGAACGUGUGGUGGCCGGCAGCAUGGGCCGGGAGUCUCGCCAUUACCGAAAACGGUCAGCAUCACGAGGACGCUCUGGAAGUCGGUCUAGGAGUCGCUCACCCUCUGACAAAAGAAGUAAACGUGGAGAUGACAGGCGUUCUAGGAGUAGGGACAGAGACAGAAGGAGAGAGAGGUCUCGGAGUAGGGACAAAAGAAGAUCACGGUCAAGGGACAGGAAGCGUCUGAGGCGUUCCAGAAGUAGAGAGCGAGACAGAAGCCGAGAGAGAAGAAGAUCUCGGAGCCGAGAUAGGAGGCGCUCAAGGAGCAGAAGCCGGGGCCGGCGAUCCCGGUCCUCCAGUCCUGGCAGCAAAAGCAAGAAGGCCGAGAAUAGGUCUAGGUCCAAAGAGAAAGCGGAAGGUGGGGACAGUUCUAAAGAGAAGAAAAAAGACAAAGAUGAUAAGGAAGAUGAGAAGGAGAAGGAUGCUGGGAACUUUGACCAGAAUAAGCUGGAGGAAGAAAUGAGAAAACGAAAAGAAAGAGUUGAGAAAUGGCGAGAAGAACAGCGUAAAAAGGCCAUGGAAAACAUAGGGGAACUGAAAAAGGAAAUUGAAGAAAUGAAGCAAGGGAAAAAAUGGAGUCUAGAAGAUGAUGAUGACGAUGAAGAUGAUCCUGCAGAAGCAGAGAAGGAAGGAAAUGAAAUGGAGGGUGAGGAGUUAGACCCUUUAGAUGCCUACAUGGAGGAAGUGAAGGAGGAAGUAAAGAAGUUUAACAUGAGGAGUGUGAAAGGUGGUGCUGGGAAUGAGAAGAAGUCUGGGCCGACAGUCACAAAAGUUGUUACUGUGGUAACAACCAAAAAAGCAGUAGUAGAUUCCGAUAAGAAGAAAGGGGAGCUGAUGGAGAAUGACCAGGAUGCUAUGGAGUAUUCUUCAGAGGAGGAGGAAGUUGAUCUUCAGACGGCUCUCACAGGCUACCAGACAAAACAGAGAAAACUUCUAGAACCAGUUGAUCAUGGAAAAAUUGAAUAUGAACCAUUCAGGAAAAAUUUUUAUGUUGAAGUUCCAGAACUAGCGAAAAUGACUCAGGAGGAGGUGAAUGUGUUCCGAUUGGAAAUGGAGGGCAUUACAGUUAAAGGGAAAGGUUGUCCCAAACCAAUUAAAUCAUGGGUCCAGUGUGGAAUUUCCAUGAAGAUACUAAAUUCCCUCAAGAAGCAUGGCUAUGAAAAGCCCACACCAAUCCAAACUCAAGCAAUUCCUGCUGUAAUGUCUGGACGAGAUUUGAUUGGCAUUGCCAAGACAGGAAGUGGAAAAACCAUUGCCUUUCUUUUGCCCAUGUUUAGACACAUCAUGGAUCAGAGAUCAUUAGAAGAAGGAGAGGGGCCAAUAGCUGUCAUCAUGACUCCAACUCGAGAACUGGCUUUACAGAUCACUAAAGAAUGUAAGAAGUUUUCGAAGACCUUGGGACUCAGAGUGGUCUGUGUGUAUGGAGGGACAGGAAUCAGCGAGCAGAUCGCUGAGCUGAAAAGAGGUGCUGAGAUUAUUGUUUGCACACCUGGUCGAAUGAUUGACAUGUUAGCGGCUAACAGUGGUCGGGUCACAAAUCUUCGGAGAGUGACGUAUGUUGUUUUAGAUGAAGCAGACAGAAUGUUUGACAUGGGUUUUGAACCACAGGUCAUGCGCAUUGUGGAUAAUGUCCGUCCUGACCGACAGACAGUUAUGUUUUCAGCUACUUUCCCUAGAGCUAUGGAGGCUUUGGCCCGCAGGAUCCUGAGCAAGCCCAUUGAAGUUCAGGUUGGAGGCAGGAGUGUGGUUUGCUCAGAUGUGGAACAACAAGUGAUUGUGAUUGAAGAGGAAAAGAAAUUCUUGAAAUUGCUGGAGCUUUUAGGUCAUUAUCAGGAGUCGGGGUCUGUCAUUAUAUUUGUGGAUAAGCAGGAGCACGCUGACGGUCUUCUGAAGGACCUGAUGAGGGCAUCUUACCCUUGCAUGUCUCUUCACGGAGGUAUUGAUCAAUAUGACAGGGAUAGCAUCAUAAAUGACUUCAAGAAUGGAACCUGCAAACUUCUCGUGGCCACAUCUGUUGCUGCUCGAGGUCUAGAUGUGAAACAUCUAAUUCUUGUAGUAAAUUACAGCUGCCCCAACCAUUAUGAAGAUUAUGUGCACAGAGCUGGACGGACUGGAAGAGCAGGCAACAAAGGCUAUGCCUAUACUUUCAUCACAGAAGAUCAGGCUCGCUAUGCUGGUGACAUAAUUAAAGCUCUUGAAUUGUCAGGCACGGCAGUGCCUCCUGACCUGGAAAAACUCUGGAGUGACUUCAAAGAUCAGCAGAAGGCGGAAGGAAAAAUAAUUAAAAAGAGUAGUGGUUUCUCUGGCAAGGGAUUCAAGUUUGAUGAAACAGAACAGGCUUUGGCCAACGAGAGGAAGAAGUUACAGAAAGCUGCUCUUGGCCUGCAGGACUCUGAUGAUGAGGAUGCUGCGGUUGAUAUCGAUGAACAGAUUGAGAGCAUGUUUAAUUCAAAGAAGAGAGUGAAAGACAUGGCUGCACCGGGCACAUCCAGUGUGCCUGCCCCAACUGCGGGCAAUGCCGAGAAGCUAGAAAUCGCCAAGAGGCUGGCUCUUCGAAUCAAUGCUCAGAAGAACCUGGGCAUCGAGUCUCAGGAUGUGAUGCAGCAAGCCACCAAUGCCAUCCUCAGAGGGGGUACCAUUCUGGCUCCCACCGUGUCUGCGAAAACCAUUGCAGAGCAGCUUGCCGAGAAGAUCAACGCCAAGCUCAAUUACGUCCCUUUGGAGAAGCAGGAGGAGGAGAGGCAGGAGGGUGGGCAGAGCGAGUCUUUCAAGAGAUACGAGGAAGAGUUAGAAAUUAAUGACUUCCCGCAGACGGCGAGGUGGAAAGUCACCUCUAAGGAAGCCCUGCAGAGAAUCAGCGAGUACUCUGAAGCCGCGAUCACAAUCAGAGGCACCUACUUCCCUCCUGGCAAGGAACCCAAAGAGGGGGAGCGGAAGAUUUACUUGGCGAUUGAAAGUGCCAACGAACUGGCUGUGCAGAAAGCAAAGGCAGAAAUCACCAGGCUCAUAAAGGAAGAGCUGAUCCGACUGCAAAAUUCGUACCAACCAACAAAUAAAGGACGAUACAAAGUAUUAUAAACAUCUGGGAGCCACUUUGUACCUGUGCUGGUCUGUGAAGUUUACAAUGUAUUGUAAAGUAAGACUUUGAAAAUUCUGUCUUGCUUAUUUUUUAAAAACAAGAAACCAGUGUUUGUUACAGAAGUUGGUUGUCAGUCAGUGCUACCCUGCACAUUUCAGAGUGCGAUGUUCCUUCAUGUAAACCUUAGAUACCAAUACUCGUAAAAGUCUGGAAACAUGGGGUUCUGUGUUGAAGAUAGUAAUAAAGUGUGUCGGUCACUAAGGGGCCACUGACCUCUCCUCUUUCGCUGAAGUUGUGAUGUGAUCCAUCUUCUAAGAAAAGGUAAAAGUCCAUGUCAUAUUUUGUUGCCCCCUCUUAAGCUUACAUCUUAUUUGACUGAAUGGAACAUAUGAACUGGAUCCAAGAAUGUUAUAAUAGAUGUUUACAAAAUAGGUUCAGAGUUUUUAAUUUUGUCAUCAGAGAUGAGUAGUAGUUGGUUUGCCUUUGUUUUUGUAAAAUUAAACAUAAGUAGCAUAAUGGGACUUUUGCUUUUCUUUUUUUUUCCUCCUUCCGAGAGAGUCCCUGUGUAGCUCAGGCUGGCCUUGAACUUGUGAUCGUCCUGCAUUUUUACCUUUCUGGUGUUUGAGAUUACUGUGCUCAGCUUUCCACUUCUUUCUACUGCAUUAGUGCUACUACUUCAGGUUCCUGCUCAGCCUUUGAUUCUGCCUAAGGCUAGCUAGCUAAUUUGUUUCUUGCCUACUUUUAGAGAAAGUGAUUGUGGCCAGUACUCACUAAAUAUGUUUCUUUAGACAUCUGUAUAUGAUAUAUACAAACACUUUAUUACUGUUAACCUAAUUUUCCUCCAGGAUGAUUGAAUAGGAAGUGAUUUUUUUUCCCAUUUAAAACAAGGCAGGUGGUGAAUGCCUGUAAUCCCAGCAUGCAGGAGGCAGGGGCAGAAGAUGAUGAAUUUGAGGUCAUCCUGGGCUUUCAUAGUGAAGUCUUACAGGGGGCAGAGGCAGGCAGAUUUCUGGGAGUUUGAGGCCAGCCUGGUUCACAGGCACACAAAGAAAGAAACCCUGUCUUGGAAAAAGAAAAACAAACAAACAAAAAAUCCAAGCAAAACAAACAAGGCUGGGGAUAUAGGUCAGUGGUAAUGCACUUGCCUAACCUCAAGAAAACGUGUUGUUAAGUACUGGUACUUAGUCAGAUUAAAUGACCUAAUGGGUAAGGUGAGCAGGUCUGGCCACCUGAGACCACAUGCUCAUCCGCACGCACACAAAUCUAGUAAAGACAACGAAUUACAUUAAAUACUGGUAUUUAAGUUUCAGACUACAGCCUCUCAAUAAAGUUUAGUGCACAAAAUCCCAAGAAUUGUACUUUAGAGCCUUUGCGGUCUGAUUCUGAAUGCUAAUAAUUGGAUUACCUAAAACUACUUUCAAGACUCAUGAAAACUUCAUAUUGUCAUCAGAACAAAAAGAAAUGCUUUAUUGGGUGUCAAAUAAAUAUUUCUUAAAUUUAGAGAUGGAAAAGUUUUUAAAGCAUUUUUGACUUAUACCAGGUGUGGUGGCUCACGCCUCUAAUCCUGGCCUUCGGGAGGUAGAAGCAGGAUGGUCCCUGGGUUCAAGGCCAACCUGUUCAACAUAGUGAGUUUCAGGCCAGCCAGUGCUGUCCAGAGAGAACAAACAAAUAUGUCUGUGUAUAUUCUUGAUUUAGACGUUUUUAAGUCAGGAGAUACUAGAGUUGUUAAAUGCUUUUAAGGCUAGAAAGAUGAUCACUGACUCAGAGCGCCUGGCACUCCUGCAGAGGACCCAGGCUUAGCUUUCCACACCCACAUGGCAGCUCAUAGUUGUCUGUAAUUGUAAUGAAUACAUCUAAAGAACAAUCAAAAAAUUUUAGUGUAGUAGUAGCCAUCUUGACAGAUGUGUAUUCUGUUUGUUAAGUGUAAGUGUACUUGUACUGGGAAGGUAAAAUGUAAUUGGAAAUUAUUUUUAGACCUCCACAUACCCAGUUACUUCUCUUGAAGGAAGAAAUAGAGGAAAUACCUGCAGCAAUAAAAUGAAACAACUUUUCACUGGGGUUCUCUCCAUCGCGCUUCUCCCGGCCUUAGCUUGCUUGCUUCUCCACCACAGGCGGUGUCACUUGACUGAGUAUUGAGUCACACUGGUUCAAUGGUGCUCCCUGCUCACUGGGUCCCUUUGAGACCCAGAAGUUAACAUCCUUUCAAAGUUCCUGUUCGUGGGUCAAGUUGUGAAGAAACAUUGGUAGUGUGUUUUUCUAAAAUGAAAUACUGCUCAGUACAUUUUUUUAGUGUCAACACUGAUUUUUAAAGUUUGGCUGAUGUACAGAUUUUGUUUUUUUAAUACAAUAUCAAUAUUUGCUCAACCUCUCUAGAUUCCUUACAGAAUAAAGUUAAUUCGCUCUU